UCGGGAGGCCGACAAUCAGAAGGCGCAACUGCCGAAAGUUCAAGUUCCCCUCUUCGAUGACACCAAUGCCUCAACAUGGGCGGACAAGUUAGAACAAUUGGGCAGUUGUUGUGAAUGAACGAGUGAAAAGAUGCUUCAAAUGGUGAAGCGAUAUUGUAUGGUCGAGUAUAAAGAAGAGGUGUCGGAGUUGGAGCAAGCCUCGCGCGACUGGCCGGACUUCAAAGCCAAGUUAUUGGACAAGUACCAAUUGGGGGAUCAACUGCUCGACCUGGCGGACUUACGGAAAGUCAAUCGUCGAAAGUUUGGUACGGCAAAGCAGUUUCUCACAGAAUUUGAACGAGUCGCGCGCUUAGUGCCUGACCUUCCUGAUAAGGAUCGGUGCCUCAUCUUCCUCGAGAAAUUUUCGGAAGUUGAGCAGCGGGAAUUGAUGAAGGAUAUGACUGGUCGAUACGACUGGCCAAAGAUCAAGGAGAAUUUGUUGGCGGGAAGCUUCCUCCAGAUGCUUUACCGUCUCCUGAAGCAACAAAAAGAGAACCGCGAGAAGGAAGGGGUAAGCGAGGACAAGGACCAAGCCGUUUACAAAACCCUGACUGACAUGCGGAACAUGAUGGCUGACAUGAAGGAGGAAAGAUACGAGGAGGGCAAGGCACUGGUAAAAAGCAGCGGAAGAAUAAUGGAGGAGGUGGACAAGGAAGCAACCAGGAACAGGCGGCACAGACCCCUCCUCAGCAACCCCAACCUCAGGCAUGAGGCCGAGGCCGAGGUCGAGGUAGAGGACAAGGCACUGGGGGAGGCCGAGGAAAUGGGGGCGGCCGAGGCAAUUGGCAGAAUUGGUUUUGCAAGUAUUAUGGCCAAGAUGGGCAUGGGAUACAGUUUUGUCAACGACAAGGUUAUAUAUACGAAUAUCCGAGGCGAGGUCUACGACUUCGAAGGGAAUCUCAUCGAUCCCAAUGUGGAAGGGGGAAUGAGAAAGGAAGCCUUCCGACGUAUGGGGCGAGAUCUUCCAACAACUUUUCGACUGACUUCCCCGGAAGAAGUCGAACAGAUUGAGUUGGAAGCGGCGAUGGAGUCGUUAACGAUUGAAGAUGCUAAGGCCGGAGAUGAAGGUUUGAGCAAAGAGCAGGAAGAGAUACUGCAGCGAGCUCAGGCAGUGGUCAGAAAAAUGACUCGAUGCAGGGAAACUUUUGUUCAAGUAUGUGCCGACAUGAAUGAAGAGUGGUCUGGGCUUCCCCAAGUUUUUCUGUUCGGGGGAUGGGACAGAGAUGGCCAAGGAGGUCUUACUGAUGUUACUACAUCACAGCCUGGAUCGCCGUCGGCAGGGCGUUUAAUGGCCACCACGGUCUUGUCCCGUCCUGCUUUCAAGCGACAUGCCACCGCUGGCCUCCCACAAGCUCGGAGGGCUCGAAGGCCGCCGCGGCCAAGGGCAGCGCCAAAAGAAGGGCCAAGUCAGCCUCGGGAAAGCGUGACAAUUGCGAUUGAGGAAGAUGAUGGCAAGGAGGACGAAUUGUUGCGGGCCGAGGAUGAGCGGCAGGCCAAACAACGGGCCAUGGAGAGAAAACUAGAAACAGGCAAGACCGAUGUUGAGGAAGGAGAGCUGAAAAAGAAGAAGCAUGUCUACACAAUUCCAGUAGAGCCGGGGCUGGAUAUUGAGCAAAUCGUGGACCAGAUUUUGGAAAGCCAGCGCGGUUUGUUCACACUCAAGGAGUUCUUGGUCGCGUCACCCAAAAUCCGAGAAGAGUUCAAGCACCGAUUGUCAAGGAAGAAGGUUAUGACCGUUAAGAUGAGUGACAUCUUUCCUCAAGAGAUUAGUUGGGCUCCUCAUGGGACAAAAAUGGACUGGCACUGUGUAGCAACUGGGUUGUUGAAAGUGCAAGUUGGGCCAUGUGAAUACUCGGCGCCCAUCGACGAUGGAGCUGAAAUGAACAUUAUACGUGAGAGAGAAGCCCUGGGGGCAGGCGUCAACAUCAAUCGAGCGGAUACUGGAUUUUUGGUGGGUGCAAGUGGGAUAACUCCUUUUUGCGGAACGACGAGUGACGUGGUGAUACAAGUUGGUAAAGUCAAAGUUCGUUCAUACUUCUAUGUGCUACCCAGGGUUGUGCCUACCGUGUUGCUAGGCAGAGUUUUCCUAUGUCGGUCAGAAUCCAUCAUCUUCAAUAAGCAUGAUGGUACUAUGAUCGUGGUUUUGUGCGACCCCGUAUGUGGCUAUUACGAAGUGAUGAAGUGUGAGAACACAAGACCAACCAAUUCAAGGAACCGACUCAAUCCGGGGUCUUACUCCUUCACGGAAUCCGAAAGACUCAGGAGGGAGAAGGAAUCCCUCGGAGAAGAGAGCGAUCCCCAAAAAUUUUCUCUUGCUCUGCCCUACAUCUCUCAAGCGAUCGAGUUCGUUGCGACAGAAUCGUCCGUGGACCCCAAGCUGGUCCAAACAUUGACAGAGAUUGUGGCAGGAGAAGGCGAGACUGCAAGGGUGGAGCACCUACGGAAGUUGGUGCGUAAAAAUCAAGAAUGGGAAUGGGGUCCAAAGCAGCAGGCGGCUGUCGACGACAUCAAGGCACAAUUCCGAGAAGGGGGAUUGAUCCUGGGGGUUCCGUGCUUUGACAAUGACCCGAAUCGGCCCUUUGUGGUUGAAGCGGAUGCAGACCCCACAACAUUGGGUGGUGUCCUCAUCCAAAAAGAUGGAGAAGGGCGAGAAAGGCCAUUGAGAUUUGAGAGUCGAACACUGAAUGAGGCGGAAAGGAAAUAUUCCCAAUUUAAGAAGGGAACCCUUGCAGUGCUUCAUUGUUUGAGGAUCUUCCGGAACUAUGUGUUUGGAAGGCGGUUUGUUUUGCGGGUGGAUCCGACUGCCUUGGCGCAGUCACUGAAGAAUUAUUCCCCCUCGGAACCAACUAUUGCUCGAUGGUUGAUCUAUGUCUGGAUGUUCGAUUUUGAGAUCGAGCGCAUUGCAGGAGCACAAAAUCGAGCCGAUGGAUUGAGUCAGAUCGAAUGAGACUCUUCUAAAGAUCAGUCAGAAGACUCAGUUCCUGUGGAUGGGUUCUUGGAGACGGAUGAGCAACAAUUAAGUAUCAAUGUUUGAGA